CUACAGUGCAGGAGGAAGUGGGCGACGAUCUGCCGUCUCUCUCCACAACGGCUGCGGGGACUGGUAACGGACGGACCAUGUCGAUUGGAGAGGAAGUCGUUGAGGUCUAUCUUCUUGGUUCGCAGAUGCAUUAGCAGCGCGCCCUCCCUUUUGCUGAGAUGCAACACUUUCUUGGUGAGCGUCGGCGUGUGCCUGUAUAUCGCGCUGUCUUCCCUGUCUGCUAGUAUCUUAUAA